AUGGUGGAGCGGGCCCGGAAGACGGCCCACUUCCGGGUAGUGAUCGUGAGCGGGAACGUGUACGUGGAGAAGUAUAGGCCGGCAAUUCAGUCGAGGGACGUGUUCACGCUGUGGGGGAUUUUGCAGCUUAUUAGGUUGUACCCUGGGAGACUGCCCGACCUGGACAUCAUGUUUGACUGCGAUGAUGUGCCCGUCGUUAGAUCAAGGGACUUUGUGGGGCCCACUGCGAACCCACCACCGUUGUUUCGCUACUGUGCGGACGAGUGGAGUUUGGAUAUCGUGUUUCCGGAUUGGUCCUUUUGGGGCUGGGCAGAGACCAAUAUAAGGCCAUGGAGCAGUACCUGGAAGGGCAUAAAAGAAGGGAACAAGAAGAGGAGAUGGGAGGAGAGGGUGCCCUACGCUUACUGGAGGGGGAACCCCCAUGUAGCUGCAACCAGGAGGGACCUCCUCAGGUGCAAUGUUUCUGAAAAAGCUGAUUGGAGCACUCAUCUUUAUAUUCAGAAUUGGGAUCAAGAGUCUAGACAAGGGUUCAAGCAAUCAAACUUGGAAGAUCAAUGCACCCAUAGGUAUAAGAUAUAUAUAGAAGGAUGGGCUUGGUCGGUAAGUGAGAAGUACAUAAUGGCAUGCGAUUCCAUGACGUUGCUCAUUCGACCUCGUUAUUACGAUUUCUUCAUGAGAGGAAUGCUUCCCCUCCACCAUUAUUGGCCCAUCCAGAAUACUCAUAAGUGCACUUCUCUUAAGUUUGCUGUCCACUGGGGUAAUUCUCACACCCAAAAGGCACAGGCCAUAGGCAAGGCAGGCAGCAGCUUCAUUGAAGAAGAUCUAAAGAUGGAUUACGUCUACGAUUACAUGUUUCAUCUGUUAAACGAAUACACAAAACUCUUGAAAUUCAAACCGGCAGUGCCUCCGGGAGCCGUGGAGUUCUGCUCGGAAACAAUGGCAUGCACUGCCAAUGGAACCUGGAAAAGCUUCAUGCUAGAGUCCAUGGUGAUGGCUCCUAGCCACACAGCCCCAUGCACCAUGCAUCCCCCCUACCAUCCUUCUGCCCUCCAAGAUUUUCUCGAGAAAAAGGCUAAUUCAACUAGGCAAGUGGAAAUGUGGGAAAAUGAGUAUUGGGAGAAGAGGAAACAACUCUUACAACACUCACUGAAACAAACAGAAAACCACACAUCAUCUACAAGUGUUAAAGACGACGGCAAUGGUGACUGUGACCACGAUGGUGGCGAUGACAAUGAGGUGCAGUGCUCGUUCUCCUCGAAGUGGACGACGGUAAUGGCGUGGAGCGUGGGAGCUGCCGGGAAUGGUGAUGAUGGUGAGGAGAGUGGUGCCGGAGGUAUGGGAGGCAAGGUCGAGGGUGGUCGGAGAGUGGUGAGCGGUGCGGUGGUGUCGGAGCUGCUACUGGGUUUGCAUGAGGAGUAG